AUGUGUUACGGAAACGUAGACACUGCUCCCUACGUCACACAGACACUGCUCCCUACGUCACACAGACACUGCUCCCUACGUCACACAGACACUGCUCCCUACGUCACACAGACACUGCUCCCUACGUCACACAGACACUGCUCCCUACGUCACACAGACACUGCUCCCUACGUCACACAGACACACUGCUCCCUACGUCACACAGACACUGCUCCCUACGUCACACAGACACUGCUCCCUACGUCACAGACACUGCUCCCUACGUCACACAGACACUGCCCCCUACGUCACACAGACACUGCUCCCUACGUCACAGACACUGCUCCCUACGUCACACAGACACUGCUCCCUACGUCACACAGACACUGCUCCCUACGUCACACAGACACUGCUCCCUACGUCACACAGACACUGCUCCCUACGUCACACAGACACUGCUCCCUACGUCACACAGACACUGCUCCCUACGUCACACAGACACACUGCUCCCUACGUCACACAGACACUGCUCCCUACGUCACACAGACACUGCUCCCUACGUCACACAGACACUGCUCCCUACGUCACACAGACACUGCUCCCUACGUCACACAGACACACUGCUCCCUACGUCACACAGACACACUGCUCCCUACGUCACACAGACACUGCUCCCUACGUCACACAGACACUGCUCCCUACGUCACACAGACACUGCUCCCUACGUCACACAGACACUGCUCCCUACGUCACACAGACACUGCUCCCUACGUCACACAGACACUGCUCCCUACGUCACACAGACACUGCUCCCUACGUCACACAGACACUGCUCCCUACGUCACACAGACACUGCUCCCUACGUCACAGACACUGCUCCCUACGUCACACAGACACUGCUCCCUACGUCACACAGACACACUGCUCCCUACGUCACACAGACACACUGCUCCCUACGUCACACAGACACUGCUCCCUACGUCCCAGAGACACUGCUCCCUACGUCACACAGACACACUGCUCCCUACGUCACACAGACGCACUGCUCCCUACGUCACACAGACACACUGCUCCCUACGUCACACAGACACACUGCUCCCUACUUCACACAGACACUGCUCCCUACGUCCCAGACACACUGCUCCCUACGUCCCACAGACGCACUGCUCCCUACGUCACAGACACUGCUCCCUACGUCCCACAGACGCACUGCUCCCUACGUCACACAGACACUGCUCCCUACGUCACACAGACACUGCUCCCUACGUCACACAGACACACUGCUCCCUACGUCACACAGACACACUGCUCCCUACGUCCCACAGACGCACUGCUCCCUACGUCACACAGACACUGCUCCCUACGUCACACAGACACUGCUCCCUACGUCACACAGACACUGCUCCCUACGUCACACAGACACACUGCUCCCUACGUCCCAGACACACUGCUCCCUACGUCACACAGACACUGCUCCCUACGUCACACAGACACUGCUCCCUACGUCACACAGACACUGCUCCCUACGUCCCAGACACACAUGCUCCCUACGUCCCAGACACACUGCUCCCUACGUCCCACAGACGCACUGCUCCCUACGUCCCAGACACACUGCUCCCUACGUCCCACAGACGCACUGCUCCCUACGUCACACAGACACUGCUCCCUACGUCACACAGACACACUGCUCCCUACGUCCCAGACACACUGCUCCCUACGUCACACAGACACUGCUCCCUACGUCACACAGACACACUGCUUCCUACGUCCCAGACACACUGCUCCCUACGUCACACAGACACUGCUCCCUACGUCACACAGACACUGCUCCCUACGUCACACAGACACUGCUCCCUACGUCACACAGACACACUGCUCCCUACGUCACACAGACACUGCUCCCUACGUCCCAGACACACUGCUCCCUACGUCACACAGACACUGCUCCCUACGUCACACAGACACACUGCUCCCUACGUCACACAGACACACUGCUCCCUACGUCACACAGACACUGCUCCCUACGUCACACAGACACUGCUCCCUACGUCCCAGACACACUGCUCCCUACGUCCCAGACACACUGCUCCCUACGUCACACAGACACUGCUCCCUACGUCACACAGACACACUGCUCCCUACGUCCCAGACACACUGCUCCCUACGUCCCACAGACGCACUGCUCCCUACGUCACACAGACACACUGCUCCCUACGUCACACAGACACACUGCUCCCUACGUCACACAGACACACUGCUCCCUACGUCCCACAGACGCACUGCUCCCUACGAGCCACAGAGACCCUGGUGCGCAGCAGCGCCUCCUUCAGCUGGGAGGAGGCGCAGCAGUACUGCAGGCAGAACCACACAGACCUGGCCAGUGUGACGAGUGCAGCUCAGAACUCUCAGCUCCAGGCCCUGGUCCCCUCUGGCCUGGCCUGGAUCGGCCUCCACAGAGCCUCCUGGAGCUGGUUGGACGGGACUCGCUCCUCUUUCUCCUACUGGAAAACCCGGGACCUGGUGGAGCCCAACAACAUGGCGGCGCACGAGUACUGUGUGGCCGCACACUUUGGGUACAACGGGAUGUGGGAGGACUGGAACUGUGACUUCAGGAAGGCCUUUGUGUGUCACAGCUGGCCAGGUGUGUAG